AUGGCGUUCAACUUCAACUGGUCGCCGAUGGCGGACGCGAGUUUUUACACUCGCGCCCAAGAUCUGCUCACUGCCGCCCUCAAUAAAUCGCCAAAACCCCCCAUAAUCGUCGACGAUAUUCACGUCACCGAGUUGAACUUGGGAUCCAUUCCCCCGGAACUCGAGAUUUUGGAAAUCGGUGACUUGGCCGAAGAUCGCUUUCGCGGUAUCUUUAAGAUGUCAUACACUGGCGACGCCUUUCUCACCUUAAGGACCCGAGUUCAGGCAAAUCCACUCAAUACCUUCCUCCUCACACGACCAACUUUCGGCUCGCCAGUACCUCUUGCUGCAGCUACCCCGCUCACUAUACCCCUACAAAUCACCCUCUCCGACUUCAAACUCUCUGGAUUCGUCAUACUAGUUUUCUCAAAGCAAAAAGGAAUCACAGUCGUGUUCCGUAAUGAUCCGCUUGAGUCGCUCAAGGUUUCGUCGACCUUCGAUUCGAUCCCGUUCGUGCGCGACUUCCUACAAAAAGAAAUCGAAGCUCAGCUUCGGAUAUUGUUUAUGGACGAGCUCCCAGCCAUCAUUCAUCGACUGUCGCUCCGCUUGUGGGUUCCAGAAUAUCGCACAGGGGAGGAAAUGAACGACGAGACCGAUAACACAGCCAAGUCAAGCGAAGGCCCUGGCCAAGAUCCUCUAGCUAGCCCGCCACAGGAUCCCGUCGACUCUCUCGGAAAUGCAUUGAAUGAAUCCGAAAUCGCAUCGCUUUCUUUAGAUUCAUCGGUCGAGACCCACUCUCUCUUCUCGCAAAAGAACCUCCUUCGCUUGGCCGCUCUAACAGAUUCGCAACGUACCCUGUCCUUGUUCACUCCCUCGAUCCAGGAAGUAGUAUACCGAGCAUGGACUUCUCCAACCGAUACUAGCGAAUUCCCUUCGAGCGUGAUCUCACCACUAAGCCCGACUCUUUCGCGAACGCAGUCCCAAAUGGGAAGCAUGUCUUCCCUUCACGAAACCGCCAGCAAUGCCUCCAUGCAAAGUCGACCCUCCAUGUCCACCCAUUCAUUUGGUACUAGCACCUAUGGUUUGAGUCUAGGCGCUGGACGCCAUUCCAAAGCCCACGCCCGGAAACGCAAGAAGCGAGUUGUGGAUCUGCGCCCCAAGACAACCGAUGACGCUAUGAGCGUCAGCGAUGAGAGUGUCAUGACCGAGUCGUCCAGACCCCCGUCUAUCGCCUCCGCGCCUCUGCCUAUUGUAAAUGAGCCGUCGGAUGACCCAGUCACACCACCUCUAUCCCCCGAAGUCGACUCCCACUUGCCCAUUAUCCCCGAAAGGCAUUUGUCCAGCUUCUCCCGCCCAAUACGUCGGGAUAGGGACUUAUCAUACUCCAAUGAGACUAUCCGUGGACCUAAAGCAGAGGAUGUGGACGCCACCCCUCGUGCUACUAUACGUGGUUAUCCCCAGGAGAAGGCUGAGGCGGGGCCGUCUAACAACCAGCGACCACCGUUGCCUGCGACUGUUCUUCCGUUCUCCAAGGAUGAGAACGCCAACAACGAAAGCGUUGAUUCUGUCCUGGUCGAGAGACUCGCCGGUGAAAUCGCUCGUCGGAUGCGCGAGGACAAGCUUAUGACAAAUGCAUGCAGCGGCUUCUGGAGCCGCCAGCAUGAAGACAGUCCUCCUCCGGCGUACGGCCACUGA